GCCCUCAGUAAUGAUGUGAGUUUGCUACUGAGCAAAGAGGGGAACAGAACAGGUAGUUACAGUAACAUGGGGAAGGACAGAGGCCCUAUGAGUGUGACGUUGUUGUGGAUCCUGGUAUGGAUAUCAGCAUACGGUCAAGGAUUCUCAGCUGAAGUAUUGUCAAAGAACAUAUUUUUCCUUGCCGAGUCCAGAGAAAAAGUCACUGUCCCAGUUUCCCCUGUGGUUCUACAAGGGACAGAGCACCAAUACCAAUGGAUAUGGACCUCACAUAACGGCAGACACUCAAACACCACAAUAGCCAAUAUAAUUUCAUCCACUUGGGAAUCUGUAUCGAACACAUUGGGUUUUUCAAAAGGCAGAGGAUAUGAUCUUUCCAUGACGGCAAACUUUGGAAAUGCUGGAGAGUUUGUGUUCAUGCAAACCAAACCAUCUUCAGUUACUGUGAUGAGGUUUCAGGUGUUUGCUUUCAAAGUUACACCUUAUGAUUGGCCUUCAUUUCGUCUGGGUUCUGAUGUGAGUUUUAGUUGUGAGCUGUCCAGCCUACCAGAAGGGACCACACUUCAGUGGGAAAGAGAAGGAGAUCCCACUUCUAACACCACGUUGUUCUACAACAACACUGUCCACAUGGUCAUCCAUAGUGUUGAUCAGAGCAGUAAGGGGAGAUGCAACUGUGCUCUCAGACAGAAUGGAACACUGUUAUAUGGAGUUUAUAAUACCUUGAAUGUUCAGAGAAGCACAUUCAACAUGCCAGUAACUUUGUUCAGAGAGAGCAGCAACAGCAGUGAGGUGGAGAUGAUGUGCAGGUAUUCAUACGGGUACAGAAAAGCCUCCUGGACCAAGGCCUCAUCUCRAGUGGAAGCACCUGCGACUCUGACAUCAGAUAAUAGACUAGAAAUUGACCGGUUCUCAUCUCCCACGUUCAACCAGCAAGAUUUCCCCCUYAGACUUUCACCAGUGGCAUUUGAGGAUGGAGGAGUGUUCAGAUGUCAUUUUAAUAACAACCUUAUGUCUUAUGUUCAACUCACAACCAUUCAAGUCUCUGCAUCUAGAGGGCCCCCUGGUGGCCAGUCGGUGGUGCUGAAGUGUGAGGUGUCGGAGGUGAACGGUGACCCUGUGACCCUGGCCUGGCUGAGGAUGGAGGGGAGGACGGGGCUAGUGGUCAAACAGGACAUCCUUACAGAGAGUCAACCCAACUGGACACUCAGUGUGACCCUGCCCAGCCUCCAUAAGGACCAGCUGGACUGGCAGUGUGUGGUGUUCAGAGAGGACAUGCUCAGAGRGAGUGUUACCCUCAGACUCUGUGAUGCUGGUGGAAGAUCUGGGUUACCAGGCCUAGUGUUACCAUCACCUCUGAAAGGUUACUAAUGACGAUAGUUGAUUAUAGUAGGUCACAGUAGAUCACAUCCUCUGAAUGAAUAGAUUCAGUGAGACAUCAUGAUCAUCAUA